UGGCGGGUAUUGAAGUUAAAUUACACGGUGUCAAAUUGAGCGAGAGGAGGUGGCAAGAAAAAAGUUCACGAUAUUUUCAUUUGUGUUUUUCUCCAGCAAAAAUUGCUCCAAGUGUGAGGAAAGAUGUCCAAACAAGGCAAUAAGGAGACAAAUAUUAAGACUUUGUACAAUGAUUUGAAUAAACAUGGGCUAAAUAGUGAAUUUGAGAAGGCAAUUAAAACAGCCAAUAAGAUUCUCAGUGUUGCUCCCAAUGAAGUAAAGGCCCAACAGUGCAAAUUAGUGUCUUUUAUCCAGCUUUCGAAGUUCCAGGAGGCUCUGCAAUUCCUCAAUAAAUCUCCAAGUUUGCAUGACUUGGUGUUUGAGAAGGCUUACUGCGAGUAUCGGUUGAAUCAGCCGGAGAAUGCCCUGAAAACAAUUGAAUCAGUAGCUGGAGAUGAUCUUCCAGCUAGUUUAAAGGAGCUCAGAGCUCAGGUACUGUACAGAUUGGAGAGAUUUGAGGAGUGUUUUGAUGCCUACAGAGACCUCGUGAAGAACACUCACGAUGAUUACGAUGAUGAACGACUCACGAAUAUGAGUGCAGUGGCAGCAAAUCUAGCCAUUGAGGGAUCCAAGAAGGACAUUCCUGACUUUCGUGAGGACACCUAUGAGCUCUGCUACAACAGAGCAUGCCUAAUAGCUGGCAAGAAGAAAUUCACAGAAGCUGAAAAGAAAUUGCGAACGAGUGAGAAACUCUGCAGGGAAUAUCUGGAAGAAGAUGGUGCCACAGAGGAGGAUAUUGAAGAUGAAGUGGCGAUAAUUAAAAUUCAGUUGGCUUAUUGUCUGCAGAUGCAGGGUAAAACCAAGGAGGCAGCAGCAAUUUAUGUGGAUGCCCUGAAGAAUAAAAAGAAUGAUGCUGCACUGAUUGCUGUGGCCAGUAACAAUAUGGUGGCCAUCAAUAAAGAUCAGAAUAUGUUUGAUUCCAAGAAGAAAAUGCGAUCAGCCAUGGCAGAAGCCUGUGAGCAUAAGCUGACACUGCGCCAGAAGAAGAAUAUUGCAUUCAACAAUUGCCUGCUGGCCUUCUACACCAAUCAGGCGGAUCAGUGUCAGCAGCAAUGCACCUUGCUCAUUCAAAAGUAUCCGGAUCUUGAGUUUCAGACCACCCUCAUACGCGUGUGUCAGCUGAGCCGAGAGAAGAAAUACAAGGAGGCCAUUGAGGUGCUGGAGAAAUACGGCAAGAAACAUCCUCAGGGUGAUCUCUCCCUGAAAUUUGCAAUUGUGCAGCUUCAGCUAAUGAAUGGGAAUAAGAAAGGAGCUGUGGAGGUCCUCCAGUCCCUAGGAGAAGCUAAGUAUCGUCCAGGAGUUGUGUCAGCUCUGGUGUCUCUGCUCCUAGGCACGGAUGACAAACAGGCAGCGUCAGAAGUGCUGAAAAAUGCCGUAGAAUGGUACAAGAAGAAUAAAGUCAGUGUGGGAGAUUUAUCUGAUAUGUGGAGGCAAGCAGCGGAUUUCCAUUUGCGCGGUGGCGAAGCUGAAACAGCUGCCAGCAGUCUUGAGGAAUUAUUCCGUACAAAUCCCUCUGAUAUGAAGAUAUUGGCUCAAUUGGUGAUUGCCUAUGCACAGUUUGAUCCGGCAAAGGCCCAGGAGGCCAGCCGGAAACUUCCGACACUCGAGACUCUGACCACUGCCACGGAAAUUGAUCACCUGGAGGCCACCAAUUGGAUGAUGAGCACCAAAGCAGUCAAGAAGACUGCCAUCAAAUCCGACCAAUCACCAGGAACUUCAGAUAGCGCUCAGAAGGUCAAGAAGAGACGUCAGAGAAAGAGGAAAGGAAAACUGCCUAAGAAUUAUGAUCCAAAUUCAGCUCCAGAUCCUGAGAGAUGGUUGCCACGGUACGAGAGAACGGGCUAUAGGAAGAAGCGUGAUCGUCGUGUGAAGGAAGUGAUGAAGGGUUCCCAAGGAACAUCAUCAGGAGCAGCUGACCAAUACGACAUGACAAAGGCUGCUAAUUUGAAUAAGAAUAAUCCAAGUCCUGCUGUGUAUCAAGAACCCACUCCUGGACCACGUCAGCAGCAACGGAAAGGUCAUCAGAAGAAAAAGAAGGGUCGUCAUUAAACUUGCUUUUUUUGUAUGGUAUUCAUGGCAUUUUUACCAAUUAUACAAUUUCAAAUUUGAGCGGGAAAA